CAAAUACGGAGUAACGAGUAAACAGGCCCAGCACAUCGCCAUCCUAAUAAAUCAACCUCCACGGACGAUGAGCAGACCUCAAAACAUGACGGAUCUCUUACAGCUUUCAUUUCUUCCCCGUGAUAUCCUUUUCCAGAUCCUGGUUCGACUUGGCGCCAGAUCUCGGGGGAAGCUAAGCUGCGUUUCUAAAUCUUUCCGCUCCAUAUUGACCGAUCCAAGUUUCGCAGAGUUUCAUCGAAAUUGGUCAGCGGCUCUUAACCACGGCACAACCAUCCUCUUCUCUAUUUGGCAUAUGCUUACGAUGGAUCAUCAUCACCCACUCCCGUGUCCUGUGCUCGUUUCCACGCCACAUCAAUUUUACACCAUAAACUAUACAGAAGAUCGAGCCGGAGAUCUCGUUCAAGCAAAAAUUGUUCCGCAUAUGGACAAAGUAUGGGUCGGGUAUGGAAGAUCUGUGUCUUUUGCCAAAGAUCAAAUAUGUUUCUUCCACGAGCAAACCCAUCCAGAUUUGAAUGUUUUAAACCUUGCCGCAGGACAACGUACUACUCUCCCGGCAAUCCCCGGGUUUUCCUGUGCGCUCUCGGGUUACGAUGGCGUUUCGGGAACAUACAAGGUUUUGCUGUCGGUAAUUAACUUUUACAGGAGGACUGUGAAGUACUGGGUGUUCACACUCGGUGCGGAUAAAACGUGGAGGGAGAUCAAGAGCCCUGUAUUGUUUUACUUAAGCAGACGUUUCAUGAAUAGCGUUUGCAUUAAUGGCGUGAUCUAUUCCUACAAUGAGCUCUGUGGCCGCUGGUGGGAGACAUUUGGGAAAUCUCCCAUCGGGCUGGUGGCAUUCGAUGUUCGGUCGGAGAGUUUCCACCUGAUACCUCUUCCUCCAACUAUUUGUGAAGAAGAUGUGAGAAAAUCCUCUUUACUAGAAUUCAGAGGGCUAUUAGCUGUCAUUUAUCUCCAUCAGAACAAGCAAUUUAUUGCUUGGACAUUGGGGACGGCAGCAGAGACAACAGCAAAAUCGACAUCUUGCUGGAAGAAGCAUACUUUCCCCUUCCCAUUGGGCAGUGAAUUGUUUUCGAAGCCUUUUAUUACUGCUACUCCAGCUGGGGAAAUCGUAGUGUUAACGCUGAAUGGAAUAACUUCUUCUCUUUGGGUUUUAUUGGAUAAAUUCGGGGCAGACUCCAUUUGGAAGAAAAUUCGAAUUAUGGAUGUGAGUGACUGUCCUAGUGUCAAAGAAGCAUUCGAAGUUGUGGAUGCACAAAACAUUGUCGAGAAUCUCUUUCACUUGAAAUAAUUUUGCCUGCAAAACCCAUGGCUGUCUGGUCUUGUCCACCUUACCAUUUCAUUUCAUCACUUGGCAUUUCCCAACCUUUCAUUUACUUUAGUUUUUGCUUCUUAGCUAGGCCUUAUUUGCUAAAUAUUCUUCACCUAUCCCCCUAGAACAUCUCUGUGCCACGGGCAUUCUGGUGUUUCGGGGAUGUACAAGGUUUUUAUGUCGGACGCUGAAAAGUACUGGGUGUUCACACGGGGCGUGGAUGAAGUUUGGUGACAGAUUAACAGCUCUGUAGUGUGCUACUGUGUAGCAAUUUUCUUGAAUAGUGUUUGCAUUAAUGGCAUGAUCUAUUUUGCUGGUAUUACAGCCUCUCGCAUAGGCUCCAACCUGGUGACGUUAGACGUCAGGUCCGAGAGUUUCCACCUGAUACCUAUUCCUCCAGCAACAUAUCAAGAAAUCAGAGGAUCCUCGUUGUUAGAAUUGGAUGGGCGGCUGGCUUUCAUUCAUGUCCAUCAGAACAGGCAGAUUAGUACUUGGACCUUGGAGACUGCUGCGGAAUCGUCAUUUUGCUGGAAGAAGCAUGCUUUCCCCCUUCCAUUGGAGGCAGACAUUGAAUCAAUUUGGAUUACCUCAAUUACUGCUACUCUAACCGGGGAAAUUGUACUGCUAACGCUGAAGGAAACACCUUCUCUUUGGGUUUUAUUUGAUAAGUUCGGGGCAUACCCUGUAUGGUCGAAAUUUGGAAUUACUAGACUUGCUGACUUUCCUAAGGUACUUGCGAAUCAAUCGAAACUGUCGAGGUGCAAAUCAUUGCCGAGAAUAUCUUGCACUUGGAAUAAUCUGGCCUGCAAGACUUCUUGAACAAAUGCCAUGCUGGUCUUCUCCUCCACUUUAUCAUUUCAUUUCAUCAUUAUCAAUUAUCAUCAUGAGUUACACUCUUACCUUUAUCUUCCCUUUAUCUUCUUAAAUUUCUUCUACUUAGAUAGUCAGAUAGAGUAAUUAUUAAUUAAGUCUUCAAGUAUAUAUAGUCCACGUACCUAAUUUUUUUUUAGGGAUUUUAUUGGGAUUAAUUACAAUUUGGUUGAUUUCUUAUGUUAGUGUGACUAUUAGCUUGGUGCAUGUUUAAAUCGUUUAAGUAAAUGUUACAUCGAGCA